UGUCAUUUCUUUGUUUCCGAAGGCGGAGGAAGCGCUGAGCCCACACCUCCUCGUCCCACCCCCUCCCCCCGGGUGCUGGCUCCAUGUCUGUGUGACCGGCCCCAGGGGUAGAGUCCAGGCCCGACGCGGGGCGGGUCGGCGGCGGCGGCUGAGGUGAGAGGCGGCGGCGGCGCGGGCACCCGGCCCCCCAGCGGGAGGAUGAAGCGGCGGAACGCCGACUGCAGUAAGCUCCGCCGCCCCCUAAAGCGGAACCGGAUCACCGAGGGCAUCUACGGCAGUACAUUUUUAUACCUGAAAUUCCUGGUAGUGUGGGCACUUGUCCUCCUGGCAGAUUUUGUCCUGGAGUUCAGAUUUGAAUACCUGUGGCCAUUUUGGCUUUUCAUCAGAAGCGUCUAUGAUUCCUUCAGAUACCAGGGACUGGCCUUCUCAGUAUUUUUUGUUUGUGUAGCAUUCACGUCAAAUAUAAUAUGUCUGCUGUUCAUCCCCAUACAAUGGCUUUUUUUUGCUGCUAGUACAUAUGUGUGGGUUCAGUACGUAUGGCACACAGAAAGGGGAGUGUGUUUGCCCACAGUAUCCCUCUGGAUACUCUUUGUUUAUAUUGAAGCAGCAAUUAGAUUUAAAGAUCUCAAAAAUUUUCAUGUAGACCUUUGUCGUCCAUUUGCUGCUCACUGUAUUGGGUACCCUGUGGUGACUUUGGGCUUUGGCUUCAAAAGUUAUGUAAGCUACAAAAUGCGGUUGAGGAAGCAAAAGGAAGUGCAAAAAGAGAACGAAUUUUACAUGCAGCUUCUUCAACAAGCCCUCCCCCCAGAGCAACAGAUGCUACAAAAGCAAGAAAAAGAGGCCGAGGAAGCAGCCAAAGGAUUACCUGAUAUGGAUUCCUCAAUCCUCAUACACCACAACGGAGGUAUCCCAGCCAAUAAAAAACUCUCCACAACUUUGCCAGAGAUAGAAUACCGAGAAAAAGGGAAAGAAAAAGACAAAGAUGCCAAAAAACACAACCUUGGAAUAAAUAACAACAAUAUUCUACAACCUGUAGACUCUAAAAUACAAGAAAUUGAGUAUAUGGAAAACCAUAUCAAUAGUAAAAGAUUAAAUAAUGAUCUCGUGGGAAGUACAGAAAAUCUCUUGAAAGAGGACUCAUGCACUGCUUCCUCAAAAAACUACAAAAACGCCAGUGGAGUUGUGAACUCCUCACCUCGAAGUCACAGCGCCACAAAUGGGAGCAUUCCUUCCUCAUCUAGUAAAAACGAGAAGAAGCAGAAAUGCCCUAGCAAGAGCCCAAGUGCACACAAGGACUUAAUGGAAAACUGUAUUCCUAAUAACCAGCUAAGCAAACCAGAUGCACUGGUAAGGCUGGAACAAGACAUUAAAAAGUUAAAGGCCGACCUGCAGGCCAGCAGGCAAGUGGAACAGGAGCUCCGCAGUCAGAUCAGCUCCCUCUCGAGCACCGAGCGAGGGAUCCGCUCAGAAAUGGGCCAGCUCCGGCAAGAGAAUGAGCUGCUGCAGAACAAGUUACAUAAUGCUGUGCAAAUGAAGCAAAAAGAUAAGCAGAAUAUCAGCCAGUUGGAGAAAAAGCUAAAAGCUGAGCAGGAAGCCCGAAGUUUUGUAGAAAAGCAGUUAAUGGAGGAGAAAAAAAGGAAGAAGUUAGAAGAAGCUACUGCUGCCCGGGCUGUUGCAUUUGCUGCUGCGUCUAGGGGAGAGUGCACCGAAACCUUACGGAAUCGGAUCAGAGAAUUAGAAGCAGAGGGCAAGAAGCUCACAAUGGACAUGAAGGUGAAAGAAGACCAAAUCAGAGAACUAGAACUGAAAGUUCAGGAGCUUCGGAAGUAUAAGGAAAAUGAGAAGGACACUGAGGUGUUAAUGUCAGCCCUCUCAGCCAUGCAAGAUAAAACGCAGCACCUGGAGAACAGCCUGAGCGCAGAGACAAGAAUCAAGCUGGACCUGUUCUCCGCACUGGGGGAUGCAAAGCGACAGCUCGAGAUUGCCCAAGGACAAAUUCUUCAGAAAGACCAGGAAAUCAAGGACCUAAAACAGAAGAUAGCCGAAGUCAUGGCCGUCAUGCCCAGCAUAACAUACAGUGCUGCCACCAGCCCCUUGAGCCCCGUUUCCCCACACUACUCUUCCAAAUUUGUGGAGACCAGCCCCUCUGGACUCGAUCCCAAUGCCUCUGUUUACCAGCCCCUGAAGAAAUGAAGGCCAGCAGUGUGUUUUGUCCAGGCUUUGGUUAUCAGAAGGCAUCGCAAAGGAGCGUCUCUGGCAGUCAAGAUUAAAAAAAGUUUAUAUUGUAUUUUGUGGGACUGUAUAUGUUGUCGUUUUUAAAAAGGGGGGAAAAGAUAACAUCCAAGUCUGAGUAGAACUGCCCACCAGUUUUUCUUGUAAGUUUUUAGAAGACCUCACAGAACUUUGCAGUUUAUUUUUCUCGGCCAAUACAUUAAAACCAUUCUUGGAUUUCAAGUAGCCAAUUUUGCCUUUUAUGUAUUCUUACAGUUUCCUCUUGAAGAAAAAAAAAAAAGCAGAGUUUUUCCUUCUCAACCCUUUAUUUUUGUUUUGUUUUGUUCUUAAAUCAGCAAGCAAAACCUGCACAUUGGAUUCACAUGGGAUGACAAUGAAAACUUAGUUUUUAGCGUGAAAGGUUUAAAUAACCUAACACAGCUUUGAUGCUAUAGCUGCAUUAAAGAAGAUGAUUACUAAAAUUACAGAAAACAAAAGUUGAUUCCCCCUCCAAGGACCAAACAAAUUCAAGGAGUGUCAUUUCAGCCGAGGGGAGAGACUCAGGUGAUGAGACCAGCUGUGAGAAUGUAACAGGGGUUGUGUCUGAAAUGUGUAUCUUCCCAUCGGUGUGUUUAGUCCUAGAAAAUUGCUAGCAGCAGUCUUGUUCACAGUGCCUUGGGAAAAGACAUUUCAAGAGGAAACUUGAUUUUAAACAAUUUCCCCCUUUACCAUCAUCUACCUUUCUCUCUGUAUCAAGCUCACUAUGGAUCCUGCUGUAGAACUGGUGGGUAGCUGGGCUGUUCGUUACCACUUCAGCCACACCUUCUGUUUCCUUUCAUUGAAAGCACCACAGUGUUCUGGACUUGUCUUGAGGCAAGCACCCUGGGAAGGGGAGCUGGGCGGUGUUUGUGUUCGAGAGACUGCAAAUGCCGGCUAAUAAAAGCUGCAGUUCUAGG